AUGCAUCGCCGUCCCGAAAUUGUCCGACCUGGAAAGCAGGCCGCCUCACCUGCGACGGAUUCCAACCAGCUGAUUCGGUCAACGGACAUCUCCAACCACAAGAGCAAGCCAUCCCCUCUCGUCGUCAACAUAUCUUCCUACGAGGUCUCCGAGACCCAUCAUCCGGGAUUCGACCCCGACGACGACGUCGUCGUGCAGGAGCAAGAUCGCAGUCAAGAAUCUUCGGGCCGAAACCAACAGAGGCCGGGAACACUCACGCUCAUUACCAACUACCGCACUCGCGGCAAAGCUUCCGUCGUAGUCACUCCCAUCACGGCAACAGGCACAAUGUCUACCUACGCAGCAUACCCGGCGACGAGCCAGUACUACGAGUACUCGCAGCCGUCAUACGCCGCCGCCUAUACCCAGCCCAGCUACACACUCGAGGCACACCCGUACGCGGAUGCCUACACCACAAACUCUAGCCACCUGGCUCCCGACUACAGGGAGCCCAGGACGAGCUCCUCGCGCCGCACGUCCAUCUCCCCGUCCUCCUCGGGCGAGUACUCGCACGCAUCAUCCGGCGGCAGCGGCCACCACCGCAGGCGCUCCAGCCAGAUCUACCUCGACGAGCCCGCGCGCAUCGUCCACGCCAGCGGCUCCCCGUCGCGGAGGGACCGCGAGCGCGCAGAGAGGGCAGAGCGCGAGGAGCGCGAGGAGCGCGAGGCCAAGGAGGAGCGCCGCCGCCGCCGCCGCGAGGAGAAGGCCUCGACCUCCAGCAGCAAGGCCAUGCCCAUCCCUCUUCCGCGCUCCAGCACCAUGCCCACGGGGCACUCCAUCACGCCGGCCCACGAGACGCGCGGCCGCCGCCCGGUGAUCAUGUCCGAGUACGUCGACGGCGGCGAGACGUCUGCGCGCAUGCCCAUCGGCCCGGUCGACGUCCUCGAGCACGCCUCGUCGCGCCGCAACAGCACCACCAAGCGCUACUCGUCGACGGGCCGCUACGAGGACCACCACCGCCGCCGGAGCAGCGGCGGCAGCGGCAGCGGCAGCAGCAGCGGCCACCGCAGGCACGACAGCAACGGCGGAUCCCCUCACGGCUACGCCAGCGGCGAGGAGGAGGCCAACCGGCGCCGGGCGCACAGGCGCAGCAACCGGGCCGAGGUGCGGCAGGGGCCAGGGUUCGCGACGUCGGCGCCCGACUUUGGCGCCGCGUACGGCAAGUCGCCGUCGGCUUACGCGUCGAGCUACGCCUCGACCGCCGGGUCCGCACACCUCAGCUCGUCGCCGGCGGCCGACGAGGCGACCAAGACGCUGCGGUGGGCGGACCAGGAGCGCCGGGCGCAGAACGACCGCAUCUCGUCGCGGCCCAAGCUGGCGCGCGUCGACUCGGUCAAGGCCAACGCCAACGCCAAGACGCAGGGCGAGGUCAAGGGCAUCCUCAAGAACAGCCCCAACAGCUCGAGGCCCCAGAGCAGCAGCGGGCCCCGCAGCCGCGGCAACUCGGUCAACGUCGACGACCUGGCCGCCGGCGUCGAGCGCCUCUCGACCUCGGAGCGCGGCGACGAGGAGCACAGGCGUCUCAAGGACCGGUUCAACAUGCCCACCCGCAGGCACUCCACCUUUGGGCCGGGCGCCGGCAGCAGGGACCGCACCGAGUACUGGGCCGACGGUGGAAGGGAGAAGAGGUAUUAUUACUAA